AUGUGUGGCCGGGUGGCCCUCAUGCGCCCCUCAUGCGAGUCAGGCGAGGCAUCGAUCGGAGACGAAGAGAAAGGCUGGAUCUGGAAGAGUGGAAGGGACGCGACUCGGACGCUUGAAAUGGAGGAGACCAAGUGGACAUACAUGUACAACCUGAUCCGACGCGCGCACAGAGACGAAGAUGUCCAGAUCAAGGUGACCGAGUACCUCAGAUGUAUCGAGCGGAGUUCAUCAACAAUCUGGCAGCGCUACGGCCGUCAGGAGGAUAAAAAUUUGAAUACAAAGGAAAUGGUGGAGGUGAUGGUGCUGGACGGCCUCUUCAUCAUCGAAGUGCUGAUUAGGCACUGGAUUAAUAAUGGGAAGAUAAAAACAGACCAGUCGGUCUAUCCGGAGGCGGAAGGUCCGCAAGUUCCACCGAAGGUCAAGUUGGAGCCGCACGCACUUCGUUUGGACCUCGUAAUCCUUUCAAACCAGAUCCCCUUCUUCGUGCUGGAGGAUCUGUUCACGAUGACCCCCCGCGUCCCCGAACUCAGGGAUACAAAGCUCAAGGUAUUAAUACUCUACUAUCUCUUCGGCAGUGUAGGUGAUGGUGAACUGGUCUGUGACGAAAGCUCCGUAUACCAUAUACUGCAUCUGGUGUAUAAAUACCUAACGUUUUCCAAGGAACAAGCUUUGCCCGAGACGCCGGUUCCACGGCUAUCGUUGGUAGGCAGGGCCAUGAACAUGUUGAAGAAGAAGCGUAUAGAUCUCUACGCAUUUUGUAAGCGGACGUUCUCGCGUUCCUCUACCAAACCUGUGAACUGGCUAUCCUGGAAGGAGAUCCCGCCGUUGAAAGAACUCGUCCGAGUUGGCGUGAGGCUAAAGCAGGCGGAGACCUACCGGUUUACAGAAGUAAAGUUCAAGGACGGGAAGCUAGAGAUUCCGGCUUUUACGUGCCGGCUUUACGACGCCCGGCUGCUCGCCAACCUCGUGUUCCUGGAGAUGUGUGGGUGGUGGCCGCGCGAGGAGCGGCUCUUCUGCAGCUAUGUCAUGUUCAUGGCAGAGCUCAUCUCGGAUAAGAAAGAUUUUGCCCUGCUCUUUAAGAAGGGCAUCGUCCACGGGAACAGCUACAAGGAAAACUUUGGGGACCUCUUCAUGGACUCGAUUGUGAAGCUUGCAGAAGUCGGACAGGGUUCCAUCAACGUGCCCCAUUUUUCAGACCUCAUUGCCGACACGGUCCAUUGCUACCUGCGCUGGACCAAAGAAGGUAACUGCCGGCGUAGAAGAGACUAA